AUGAGAAGCAAAUCCAUCUUAGUUGGUGCCGUUAAUGUUCCAAUUGAACCAACAUCAAAUGUUGACUCACGAACGACAAACAAUAUUGUCAUAAAGAACUAUAGUUCAGAGUGUUUGAAAGAAAAAGAACCAGAACUUAAGUCGGUGAAUUUAAACACAGCUUCAAACGCUAACGCUACAUCAGAUGUUAAGUUAGAGUAUCCACCACUGGACCAAAUUCAUUCAAGAUAG